GAUAUUAGCUCAUUUGAUAGCUCAGAUUAAGCUCAGGGGGCUUUAGGAGCAAACAACCUGCUUUUCAUUGUCUGAUCAGGACGACCGAAGACCACCGGCGCCAUGAGAGCUGUCCAGUACUGUCCGCUACUCCUGCUUUCCCUGGUCCUGCUAACAACCAACAGUGAGGCUCUGCAGUGUUACACCUGUAUGGGCUCCAAUAAUGACGACUGCAACCGGCAAGGCUCCAAAUCCUGUCCCAGCUACUCUGAUGCCUGCGCUGUGGUGGUGGGCCAUGACAGUGGGGUGAUGAAGUCAUGCUCUUACAAGUCUUUCUGCAGUCAGGCCAACAGCCAGGGCUACAGAGCACCAGGUGUUAAAGUUCACUGCUGCUACAGUAAUGACUGCAAUGUGACAGGCUUCGCCUCCCGGCUUCCAGGACUGAACUAUUUGCUGCUGUUUCUGCCUCUGUUGUUCCACUGCUUUUUCAAGUAGAUGUAUAGCUCAACUUCAUCAUGCCAACAACUAUCCACCCACAACACAAAUGCCAAUUACUAUUGUUGUCAUUUACUCCAAAAAUGCCAAAUAACCCUGCCUAAUUUAACAUAUGAUGCUGUCCUAGUUUACUGUUGCACUCCACUUUGAUUUACUUUGUUUAUCUAAACACUAACAUUGAGGAGUUUCUGUACAUAGAAGAGCUUGAGGAGCUAGAUGUGACUGCGUGGAUUAUAUGCACCAUGUUGGAUUGAAUCCAUUAAGCAGUACUCAAGUAGAUGCGACUUCCAGUGGAUUUCACUAAGCCAAUAAGUAGAGGAUCCUAAGGGAAGUGCUGAAAUAACAGGCAGAGAUAAUUUAUUAUUUGCUUCCUACAUUAAAGAGGAAGUUUGAGUUCAUUAGUUUCAUCACUAUGGUUUAAUGCUCAGCAUGCUAUUUGUGCAAUUACAGAACAAUUGGAUCAAAACUAUCUCUUGGAGUUUAUACUAAUCACCUUUGAAGUUACAUUUUACUGAAUCUAUUAUCUAUUUUUUUUACUUACAUAUCCACACACCUAAGCAUUUCAGCACAGCUUGUGUUACAGGAGAUGUUACUGUGGUUAAAUAUGGCACAGAGAGUUCAGUCAUCUGGCGUGCUGUUACAUCAUUAGCCCUUUAACCUGUCAAUCACACAUCUGACGAGCUGUGUGAGAUAAUUUGGAAGGUGGUGAGAAAACACUUCUCACAUACAUAGCCAGGUGCGUUACACCGAUGAGGUUAAUCCACUGUGUUUGAAGACACAAAGAAUUACUGAGUCUAUAAACAGAGUCUGGGCACUACUAUACAUACUGUAUACUAAAUAUCUGUGCAUUAAAACCACAUGUCAGGUGGGUAAUAUGUAAUUUUUGGGGGGCAGUAAUUUGUUUGGAACUCAGUGUCCUAUAUUAUAAUAAGUAUAAUAAGUAGCACAUCUAACAUAAACUGCACACUCAGAUGCUACAGUGUGUGCAUUCUUUUACUUGUUUUGUGUCUUAUUAUGAAUUAAAUUUAAAUUUUAAAUGUAAUUUAAACUGAAGAAACUGGGGAUUCCCAUCCUUUGUCCACUGUAUAUAAAAUAUUGUACGGAAACAUAUUCUACUACUGAAUGGUACAAUGGAACUAAU